AGAUAGCAACACGAUGCAUCGCUGGCUUGGAAGAACGAAAUAAACAUUUUUUUUUUUUUUUUUCAAAAGAUCUUGUAGUUUAGGUUGAUAGUAGGCCUAUAUUUUGGUAUAUUAUAGUUUGGGAGAGAAAAUGUUUCGAGGUUUUAGUCUGGGUUUCUGUUUGGCAUUAUUUUGCUUCGGACCGUUUGUUUGCAGCGCGUGUCCGUCUCAAUGUAACUGCUUCUUUCACAAAUUAUCAGAUGGAUCCAAAGCAAGGAGCGUACUUUGCAAUGACCCACAGAUUUCCCUGGUCCCACCCAACUUCCCUGCAGACACCUCGAAACUGCGGAUCGAGAAGACUGCCAUCACAAAGAUCUCCGGCGAAACCUUUCACUACCUCAACAGUUUGGAAUUUCUCCGGGUGUCUUUCAAUUCUCUGAACUCUUUGAAUGUAGACAGCUUCCGUGGCCUGAGAAGUCUGGAUGAGCUGAGACUGGAAGGGAACGCUCUCACCUCUUUCCCCUGGGAAUCUCUCACUGAUAUGCCCGACCUGAGGCUACUGGACCUGCAUAAUAAUAAGAUAUCGUCGAUCCCGGCCGAGGCGACCAUUUAUAUCAAGAACCUGACCUACCUGGACUUAUCUAGCAACAGCCUAGCCACGGUUCCUSCUGAGGUUCUCUCUAUGUGGUUAUCUGUGAAACCGUCUCAAGAAGACGGGGACAGUUCCAAAUACAUUCUAGGUCUCCAUGACAACCCAUGGCUCUGUGACUGCCGGCUCUAUGACCUGGUCCAGUUCCAGAAGUCUCCGUCGUCCUCUGUGGUUCUGAUCGACACCAAGCUGCGCUGUGCUGAUCCGGAGAGCCUGUCGGGGGUGCAGUUCAGCGAGACGGAGCUCCAGAGGUGCCAGGGGCCCCGUGUCCACACGGCUGUGGCCCGGGUCAGGAGCUCCCUGGGGAACAACGUCCUGCUACGCUGUGGGACCAUCGGAGUCCCAGUACCAGAGCUGUCCUGGACUCGGGCAGACGGCAAACAGAUGAACGGCACUGUUCAGGAAGAAGUUUCAAAGGAGGGAAUCAUUUGGUCCAUCCUGAGUGUGCCUGCCGUCUCUUACCGGGACUCUGGAAAAUACAUGUGCAAAGCCACCAACUUCGUGGGGACUGCAGAUGCCAUCAUCUCCCUGGUUAUUACAGACUCCUUUAAAAAUGAGGAACAAGGUGGCAGCUCCAAGACUAGAAACCAAAGAGGACGGAAAACCGGUGGAUUUGGGAAAGCUGCCUACCAGGAGAAACUUGUUGCCAGAUACGUACCUCCACUAACCACCACGGCAGCUACGCCAAUCAUCGAGCCACUUGGACCGAGUGGUUUCACAGGGAAGWAUGAUAUCGAGAGCUACAGUAUUUCGGACAGUGUGGCCGAUGGACAGAUGCCCGGUCCUCCUGCCAUGGAGCCGGCGAUUAAGGAAGUGGAGAAGGAGGUUCUUAGCAACCUGGCAGCCAACGCCUCUUCUUUGCAGGCACCGGCGCCGCCGGAGAAACGGGUGGUACGAUCGGUGAAGGUCAUCGGGGACACCGAUCACACCGUCUCCCUGAACUGGCGGUCCCCSACGGCCAAGAACACCACCGAGUUCAGCGUCCUGUAUGCCGUUUUCGGCGAGAGGGACAUGCGYAGGAUCAACGUAGGCGUGGGAAAGAACCGUAUCACCAUCGACGGCCUUGUGCCAAGGACAAAGUACAUCGCRUGCGUCUGCGUCAAAGGCCUGAUCCCUAAAAAAGAGCAGUGUGUAAUCUUUUCAACGGACGAGGCGGCCAGCGCAAGCGGCACCCAGAAACUCAUUAACGUGGUGGUGAUCACCGUGGCCUGCGUGAUCGCUGUCCCCCUGACACUGAUCGUCUGCUGCGGAGCACUCAAGAAGCGCUGUAAAAAGCUACUGGGGAGGAAAUCCAAAGAUAUUCAAGACUCAUACGUAACAUURGAGACACUCUCCCCGGGACAGAAGCCUAAGGGGAUGGAGGGGGAGUACCUUGCCAGGCAACAGCCAGGCGAGUCCAACAGACUGCUCUCUGCUAGGUCCAGUGUGGACUCUGAGGCUACUUGUAGGAAUGAGGGACCCCCUAAUGAGUACUUUUGUUGAUACCAAAUGAAGGCCUCAACUUUUACAGGGCAGAGAAGUCUGUCCUUUCCAAGCAGAACUUAAGUUGAUUGGUUGGUGUCAGGGUUGUGUGCAGAGAUGUAGCGGAGUCAAGCGCAGGACACAGGAGUUGAGCAAAACUACGGCGUUUACUCAAAAUAUAAGCAAAAAUUCCUCAAUGGGAAUAUAACAAACACACAAGCACUAACAACAACCACUAACGAAACAAACAAUCACGGACAGAACAGAAAUGAAUGC